GUGCUCGCCUCCAUCUGGGCUGUUUGGUUUCUUUCUCUUCCGGAACCGUACACUGGUGGAAGUCACUUACUUGCCGGUGGACGGUUUUAGCUGAAGAUUGCGGUUGUCGGCGUCGCCAGCAGCUUCCGCGCUGCUUACCUUGUUCGCCCUUGCUGUUCUAGGGUCGCUGUUUAACUCUUUGCUGAAGUUUCCAGCCUCCCUUUGCCCGGCCGAGACUUGGGAGGAUGAAAGUGAUCACGUGUGAAAUCGCCUGGCACAACAAGGAGCCAGUGUACAGCCUGGACUUCCAGCAUGCGGCAGCCGCGAGGAUCCACAGGCUGGCGUCCGCGGGGGUGGACACCGCCGUCAGGAUCUGGAAGGUGGAGAGAGGGCCGGACGGGAAAGCCACCGUGGAAUUUCUCUCCAACCUUGUUCGACACACCAAAGCUGUCAAUGUUGUGCGUUUUUCUCCGACCGGGGAGAUUUUAGCAUCUGGAGGAGACGAUGCCGCCAUUCUGUUGUGGAAGAUGAAUGACAGCAAGGAGCCAGAGCAGACCGCCUUUCAGGAUGAUGAUGAGGCUCAGCUGAAUAAGGAGAACUGGGCUGUGGUAAAAACACUGAGGGGCCACUUAGAAGACGUGUAUGACAUUUGCUGGGCGACGGAUGGGAACUUGAUGGCCUCUGCCUCUGUGGAUAACACAGCUAUCGUAUGGGAUGUCAGUAAAGGACAGAAGAUUUCCAUUUUCAAUGAACAUAAAAGUUACGUACAAGGAGUAACCUGGGACCCUCUGGGUCAAUAUAUUGCAACCCUGAGUUGUGACAGGGUGCUACGGGUCUAUAGCACCCAGAAGAAGCGUGUGGCUUUCAAUGUUUCAAAGAUGCUCUCUGGACUAGGGCCUGAAGGAGAGGCACGGAGUUUCCGGAUAUACCACGAUGACAGCAUGAAGUCGUUCUUCCGAAGACUUAGUUUCACAGCAGACGGCUCCCUGCUCCUCACUCCAGCUGGAUGUGUGGAAUCUGGUGAAAACGUGACAAACACCACAUACGUGUUCUCCAGAAAACAUCUGAAAAGGCCAAUCGCCCACCUCCCGUGCCCUGGGAAAGCCACUCUCGCUGUCCGCUGCUGUCCUGUCUACUUCGAAUUGAGGCCGGUGGCAGAGACAGAGAAAGCACCAGAGGAGCCCAGCUCCGAGCUGUUGAGCCUGCCCUACCGUAUGGUUUUCGCCGUGGCCUCCGAGGACUCCGUAUUGCUGUAUGACACACAGCAGUCGUUCCCGUUUGGCUACGUGUCUAACAUCCAUUACCACACCCUGAGUGACAUUUCCUGGUCCAGCGAUGGGGCUUUCCUGGCCGUUUCCUCCACGGACGGUUACUGCUCGUUUGUGACCUUUGACAAGGGCGAACUUGGCAUACCUUUGAAAGAGAAGCCAGUCCUGAGCAUAAAGACUCCUGAUACAGCAAAGAAAACCAAGAACCAGGCACAGCAGGGCUCGUCGCCAGGGUCCAGAUCAGCCGAAGGGACCCCCACCAACAGAGUCCAAGACCCCAGCAGCCCCUGUACCACGCCCUCACCAACCACACCUUCUCCAGCCUCGUCCUCAGCCGCUCCUGCGGGCAAAAUCUCCUUGCCACUGCCUUCUGAGGAGAGGCCCCUGCAACCUGCUAGUCAAAACACGAAAGCCCCGCAACCCAGGAGGGUCACGCUGAACACGCUACAGUCCUGGGGCAAGACAGCUCCCCGGAGAAUAAACUUAACACCGUUAAAGGCAGACACCGCGCCAGGUCCACCACUCACCAACAGAAGUGCCCCCUCCGCAGAGGAGGUUCAGCCAGAGCCUGGGGAUCCCCAGGAGGAGCCUCCCGAGCUGAAGAGACCCAGGCUUGAGGAACAUGAAGGAGAUGCCCAAAGCCUGGGCCCCGACGAAGCUUCCAGGUUGGCUUGAGGCCUUCGGUAGCUGGCAGCCAUGUGUGCAGGAGGC